AAGGCUAGCCGCACAGCCGGGCCUUUCUUCCGUCACCUCAGGUGCUCCGCCCUUUGCUUGCAGUGCCGGUCCUGGCUCAGUCCGCUGGCCCGGAAGAGGAGGGACCGGACACCGCACCCAUCACCCUCGUGGCCGGCGGUCCGUGACGCACCAUGGGGUCUUUUGCGUCCAAGGCUGCCCUCAGGGCUACCACCGACGAGCCCACAGAACCCGAGCCGAAACACCUGGCAGAUCUAAUACAAUACGUAAACGAAACAAAUAUGAGUGUUGAACAUCUGGCUGAUGUUCUUUCUGAGAAGGCCAGGAGCAGCAGCUGGGUGGUAGUGUUUAAAGCCCUGGUCACUGUGCAUCACCUCAUGGUUCAUGGAAAUGAGCGUUUUAUCCAGCAUCUUGCAUCUAGAAGCUCUUUGUUCACUUUACACAACUUCCUGGAUAAAAGCGCGCUAGAAGGCUAUGCUAUGUCAACCUUCAUCAGGCGAUAUAGCAGGUACUUGAAUGAGAAGUCACUCGCAUGUAGACUGAUCACAUCUGACAUCACCAAAGCCAGGAGAGGGAUGGAUGGUAUGAUGAGAACUAUGGAUACAAAACAGCUGCUAAACACUCUUCCAGUUAUUCAAAUUCAGUUUGAUGCUCUUCUUAAUUUUAAUGCAAAUCCUGACGAGUUAACGAAUGGUAUAAUCCAUGCUGCUUUCAUGCUUCUCUUUAAGGAUUCUCUUCGCCUCUUUGCAGCCUAUAAUGAGGGGAUCCUUAAUCUGCUAGACAAGUAUUUUGAUAUGAGGAAAAGCCAGUGCGAGGAAAGCUUGGAUAUUUGCACCAAGUUCCUUGCAAGAACAACCAGGUUGGCAGAGUUCCUGAAAGUAGCAGAGGAAGUCGGAGUUGACCAGAAAGACAUUCCAUAUCUUACACAGGCACCCUACAGUUUACUUGAAGCCCUAAAACAGCAUUUAGCUUCUUUGGAAGAGAAAAAUGACGGUUUUCCUCCUUACAGUCUUCAGCGCGCAUUGAUUCCCCCCAUCCCAAAUAAUCCAGUUGUGAAAACUUCAACAAGCAGAGCUUGGUUCUCAGUCCGCAAACGUGUUGGAGCCAAACAGCAAGGUGGAAAAACCAUUGCAAACAAUCUGGAUGGCUUGCCUGCUAGCCUUGCAGGAAAUCUUAACUUCGGAGAAAGUCCAGUCAACAAAUCUGACAUGAAGUGGCCUCAGACUUCAGACAAGGAAAUUACUGGUGGAAUGAAGUGGCAGCUGAAUACCUACACGUGCACAUCAACCAUCUGGAACCAUGUUUCCAUUCCUCUGGUUCAAACUCCAGUGGGAGCUCCUUACCGAAUGGUACCUCAACCCACUAGUUAUACGCAACCAGGCUCAGAGACCAGCAAGUAACCCUUCUACUCCAUCCACAAGAAAUAAUACACAAUCCAUGUAGAAGUAUCAAAGCACAAAGAUUCAUAUUCAGAGGUGAAAAAAAAGGCGAUGAUCUCUCUAAAGCCUGAACUGAACCAUCCACAUCUGCCAAGUAAAGUAAACAUUCAUUUGAACCAUCA